AUGGGAAUGGAAUCGUGGUGGUCGAAGUUUAUUUCUACUCAUGCACUUGGCCAGGUUGAUGAGUGCUCAACCUUGCUGCAGUUCAAGGAAAGCUUUCAAUUAGCAAGUCUGUUUCUGCAUAUCAUCUUGCUUAUCCGAAGGUUUCAUUUUGGACGCGAGAAGGAGAUGGGAAUCGGAGUAAUUGUUGUUCAUGGGAUGGUGUUGAGUGUGAUGAAGACUUCGGCCAUGUUGUCGGCCUUGAUCUCCGUAGCAGCUGUCUCUAUAGUUCUAUAA